AUGUCGCCGGCACCCGCCGUCGCCCCCGCGGCCGCCGACCUGCCUAUCGAGGGGAAGACUGUAAAAGCCAUCACGCUGCUGUCGUUGAAGCGCACGCAUGACCUGUUCGUCUCCAACCACGGGCAGAAGGUCCCGGUGGACGAGGAUGCGCAGCGGGUCAAGAUUGCCUGCAAGGUGGGCAGCAAGGCAGCGUUUCCCGACGCACCCUGCUGGAGAGAUGAGGGACGAAUACAGCAUGUUGCAGGGCUUCAAGCCGCGAGAGGCGGCUGCAGCAGGUGCCCGUGGCGCAGCAGCCGAGGCCGCGGCUGGCAGGUCUGCAGCGGCGGCGGCGGCAGCAGACAGCAAGUCGCACACCGCAAAGCUCAUAGACUCCAUCCCGGCGCAAGCGUGAGUGCUACAGCUGUAUCUGCCCCGCGCGCCACCUCUUGUCCAUGGCCCAGGCCGGUGUGGCAUGCACCCUGGCGCAUGUACCGUGUCAUCGCGGGGCAUCUGGGCUGGGUGCGCUCCGUGGCCUUUGACCCCAGCAACGAGUGGUUCGCAACUGGCUCAGCUGAUCGCACCAUCAAGAUUUGGGAUACUGCCAGCGGCCAGCUGCGGCUCACGCUGACGGGCCACAUUGAGCAGGCACACCCUGCCGCACCACUGCACGACUUGCCAGCUCAUCAACACAUUUCAUACGCGCGGCACCCCUACAUGUUCUCCUGUGGCCUGGACAAGAUGGUGAAGUGCUGGGAUCUGGAGCAAAACAAGGUCAUUCGGAACUACCACGGCCACCUGUCGGGGGUGUACAGCCUGGCACAGCACCCCACAGUGGACAUCAUCAUGACUGGAGGCCGAGAUGCAGCAUGCCGCGUGUGGGACAUCCGCACCAAGGUGCAGGUGCACUGCCUGAGCGGGCACGAGGAUACCGUGUCAGCCAUUCUGGCAAUGCCGACAGAUCCGCAGGCAAGCGUUGUGGUCACGGGCAGCCAUGACAAGACAGUGCGGCUGUGGGACCUGCGCAUGGGCAAGACGCUUGCCACGCUGACGCAUCACAAGAAGGCAGUCAGGGCGCUGGCGGCAUCCCCCACAGAGCACACGUUCACCUCAGGCGCCGCGGAUAACAUCAAGAAAUUCAAGUUGCCGCAAGGCGACUUCCUGCACAACUUCUUGCAGCAGCAGAGGGCAAUCCUCAACUGUAUGGCAGUUAACCAGGAUGGAGUGCUUGCAAGCGGUGCCGACAAUGGCAGCCUGUGGUUCUGGGACUGGACAUCGGGCAAUAGCUUCCAGCAGCAGGAUACCAUCGUGCAACCGGGAUCGCUGGACAGUGAGGCGGGCAUUUAUGCAAUGUCUUUCGAUGUCACCGGGUCACGCUUGGUGACGUGUGAGGCUGAUAAAAGCAUUAAAAUGUGGCGUCCUGAUGAGAAUGCAACACCUGACAGCCAUCCCAUCGUGUUCAAGCCGCCCAAGGACAUCAAGCGCUUUUAG